GGAAAUUUGUUACUCCUGUCGAGGUCAAGGUUGAGCGCUUAUAAUCUAGUUUCGUUUUCACUAGUAACUGAAGAUGGGUUCGUUGUUCCGGAGCGAAGAAAUGCAACUGUCUCAGAUGUUUCUGCACACAGACAUAGCCUACAUGUGCAUAUCAGAGUUAGGGGAGUUGGGACUGGUGCAAUUUCGAGAUACCGUCCCAGGUACCAACGCCUUCCAGAGAAAAUUUGUAAAUGAAGUUCGAAGAUGUGAUGAAAUGGAGCGAAAACUAAGAUUCCUGGAGAAGGAAAUCGAAAAAGAUAAAUUUCCCAUAUUGGACACUGGCGAAAAUCCAGAAGCUCCGGCCCCACGUGAAAUUAUCGACUUAGAAAGUAUUUUUGAAAAAUUAGAGAACGAGCUGAAAGAAGUGAACUCAAGCGCAGAAAAGCUAAAGAAGACGUACCUGGAAUUGUCUGAACUGAAGCAGAUUUUGCGCAAAACGCAGACAUUUUUUGACGAAGCUCUGCACGAUCCUGCAAUGUCAGAAGAAAAUGUUGGACUCCUUGGCGGUGAAGCAAUGGGUGCUGCUGGCACUGCUGGUGGAUUACGACUGGGGUUUCUUGCUGGGAUUAUCCUUCGUGAACGGUUACCGGCUUUUGAGCGUAUGCUGUGGCGGGUGUGUCGAGGAAAUGUUUUCCUUAAGCAAGCAGAAGUUGAUGACCCAUUAGAAGAUCUAACAACGGGUAUGCCAGUCCACAAAUCCGUAUUUUUGGUAUUCUUUCAGGGUGAUCAGCUUCGAACUCGUGUUAAAAAGAUAUGCGACGGAUUCCAUGCAACGCUAUAUCCUUGCCCAGAUUCACAAGCUGAUCGACGUAAUAUGGCCAUUGAAGUGAUGGGUCAGAUCCAAGAUUUAGAAACAGUGCUAACGCAAACUAGGCAGCAUCGUCAACGUAUUUUAGAAACGGCCGCUAAAAAUUUACGUACCUGGUUUAUAAGGGUUAGGAAAAUCAAGGCUAUCUAUCACACUUUAAAUUUGUUCAACCUUGAUGUAACUACGAAAUGUAUGGUUGGGGAAUGCUGGUGUGCAGUGAAUGAUGUGGACAAAAUUAAUUUAGCUCUACGUCGUGGUAUGGAACGCAGCAAUAGUACUCUACAGCCGAUUUUAAAUGGAAUAGUAACUACGGAAAAUCCUCCGACAUACCAUCGAACAAAUAAAUUCACCUAUGCUUUUCAAAGCAUCAUUGAUGCUUACGGAGUCGCACGUUAUCGAGAAGUCAAUCCAGCUCUGUUCACAGUUAUCACAUUCCCAUUCCUGUUUGCUGUAAUGUUUGGAGAUGCUGGUCAUGGAUUGCUUAUGUUUCUCUUCGCUUUGUGGAUGGUUGUAUGUGAGCGAAAAUUAAGCGCUAAUAAGUCCGGAGGUGAGAUUUGGAAUAUAUUUUUCAAUGGUCGUUAUAUUAUACUUCUUAUGGGUUUGUUUUCAAUUUAUACUGGAUUGAUAUACAACGACAUAUUCUCUCUAUCUGCCAACAUUUUCGGGUCCUCAUGGUAUCCAACUUAUGAUAAUAGUGCUUUAUCAAAGGAAGUUAGACUCCAGUUAGAACCUCGAACAAGCGUUAAUGUGUCGGACCGAAUGUAUGCUGGAUAUCCUUAUCCUUUUGGUUUAGAUCCUGUAUGGCAGUUAUCUGGUAAUAAAAUCAUGUUGACAAAUUCGAUCAAGAUGAAGAUGUCUGUCGUACUGGGAGUAUUACACAUGCUAUUGGGCAUUAGUUUAGGUGCUUUCAAUUACAGAAAUAAUAAAGAUAACUUAUCGAUUUGGUGCUUACUGCUUCCUCAAAUCCUUUUCCUGUCAUGCAUCUUCCUCUAUUUGGUGAUAUUAAUCUUUUUCAAAUGGGUUGCGUAUACGGCGGAAACGGCAUCCUCUGCACCAAGUCUUCUUAUUGGAUUGAUCAAUAUGAUCCGUUUCAGUUAUUCGGAUGAAAUUCCUCCUUUGUAUUCUGGACAGAAAGCUGUUCAAAGUAUAUUGAUGGUUAUUGCAGUUAUAUGUGUUCCUUGGAUGUUGUUGUCUAAACCCUUAAUUUUGUAUAUGCGUCAUCGUGCCAUCAUGAAGGCUCGUGGCCCUGCCAUUCACCCUGAUGUUUCAACUAAAUCAUCCGAAAAAAUAGCAUUAGACGGUAAUGGUCUUGGAGAUGGAAGUGGUAUAGGUUCGAUGGAUAUGCCUGUGGAGUCUUUUGAUUUCGGAGAUAUAAUGGUUCAUCAAAGCAUUCACACGAUUGAGUUUUGCUUAGGUUGCAUUUCCAACACAGCUUCUUACCUUCGACUAUGGGCUUUGAGUUUAGCACAUGCGCAAUUAUCGGAAGUCCUUUGGAGUAUGGUUAUGAGAAUGGGUUUACGUAUAUCUGGUCUAUAUGGCGGUGUUGUGUUAGCAUUUAUUUUCGCAUUCUGGGCUGUGCUAACCGUUAGUAUUCUUUUGUGCAUGGAAGGAUUAUCUGCUUUUCUCCAUACACUUCGUCUCCACUGGGUGGAAUUUCAAAAUAAAUUCUACAGUGGUGAUGGUUAUCCUUUCGUUCCAUUCUCCUUCGAACAUUCCAGCAGUGUAGUCGACAAUUAAAAUUAGAUUUUAUUAUUUUGCUAUGUUGUGUGUGUUCACUUAAAUUUAUCUUCAUAAAUGUUGUGAUUAUUCUUAUAAACUGCUAUAAUCAUUUCAUCUACUGGACAGUCCACGUAAUUUAAUACUUAUUACUUAUUUAUUUAACCCUUAAGUCAUCAUCUACUUAACCGAUUUUAUUAUCCUUGAUCAUUAUACAUUGACUGGGUUCGUUUCAUAUUUAUUAAUUUUUAUGUUGUUAGAUCUACUAAUAAAGCUGUUCAAAUCCACUUUCACAUUUUAAGAUAUUGCUUUAUCACUGAGAGUUAUUUUUUUGUUUUAUUUGAACAAACUGUAGACCCAAAAAAUGGUUAGCUCAAUUCAGAUUUAGGAUGGUCCAGUCCAUUAUAUACUAAAUAUACUCAAUUUUAAUUGUAACAUUUCGAUAAUGAGCGUCCGGAAAUUAACAGGUACAGUUUCAAACUCUCCACUACCUAGUCUUACUGAUACGUCUUUGUUAUACGUAGUGAUUUUCGGGUGCUGUAACCUUCAGACUUUCAGAAACAUAAUAGAAACCAAGACAAUAUAGUAUCUAACUGUUUAGAGUCAAACUAUGAAUAAAUCAAGUUCAAAUAUGUACCAAAAAAUUAUUAAGAAGGACGGUAUUGAUAAUCGUAGUUUUCAGCUUGUUAGGUGCCUCUCAUUUCUCUCGACAGUAAGAACGUUCUUUCCACAGGCAAAUACCCACAAUCCAUACGCAAAUGGAAAUUUUAUUUGAUCGAACAACAAACAAAAAUGAAAAGCCCAUAGUAGCCAUUUUGAACUGCUUGAUUGUUAGAACUCACCAGUACGCCUACAAAACCGAAUAACCUAGCUCAAUAUCUCCCAAAAUAAUUUUUUGACAACACCUGUCUUACCCGUAUAUACUAAAAACUUCUUGGUGUACCCAACUGAUAUGCUAUCUAUUCUUCCUUAUCUUCGAUUGAUGACAAUGUAGUCGCGGUUCGAGUUAAGUAGCUGACACUCCUUAGGAUUCUUAAUGAGAUGAAAGCAUUCGCUUCACGUCUUUUCGUCACUCGUUUUUUUCAGGCUCCUUACAACUCAUCGAAGCUCGUCGGUCUACUCCGGGUGACCGUGAGUUCGAUCAUAAACAAAGGCUGUUACGUAAUAAAAUCGGGCAAAGCUUGCGUAAGGACUGAGAAACCUGGUGGUCGGAGCAUGCUAAUGAGUUGAAAGCAGCAACUGCAUCUGGUAACUACCGGAAGCUCUUCCAACUCAUCCGAGCCACUGGCAGCAAGAAGUCUGGUGUGAGCGAAACAAUAUGCGAGGAUGACGGGAUGCUAGUCACUAGCACCCAUCGACGUCUUGGACGAUGGGCAGAAUUUUUCGAAGGGCAGUUCGAAUGGUCUGUUGCUCCGACAGCAUCGGUCAGACUGUCCUACCCUCCAUGGCCGGUGACGACUGAUUCACCAAAUGAGGUGGAAGUCAGCAGGGAACUCCAACUCUUGAAACGCUACAAAUCACCAGGCCCAGAUGACUUACCUCCGGCUCUUUUUGAAGAUGGCGGUGACUUUCUGGUUAAGGAACUGACAACGUUGUUUACAGGAGUCGGGGAACUAGAGAGUGUACUAACGUGAUGGAAUGAGUCGAUAGUUGUCCCUAUCUUUAAAAAGGGUUCACGUCGUUCCUGUAACAACUAUCGGGGGAUAAGUCUACUUCCGAUUGCGUCCAAGCUAUUGGCUUCCGUCAUACUUCGUAGGUUGUUCAAAACCCGAGAAAGAUUGACUCGCGAGAAGCAGGGUGGGUUUCGUUCUGGUCGGGGAUGUAUUGAUCACAUCUUCACCCUCCGCCAAAUGUUAGGACACCGUCAUACUUAUCACAGACCAACAAUCGUGGUGUUUCUUGACAUAAAGGCUGCCCUCGAUUCGUUGGACAGCAUUGUUCUCUGGGAAUGUCUAUUGAAGAAGGGUGUACCUGAGAAGUUCAUUAACAUCUUAAAGGCCCUAUAUACAAACACCUUUCUUCAUUGUUCCACUCAAGCAGUGGGGUUAGACAGGGUUUCCCAAUCUCACCAUUCCUCUUCAACUUUGCCAUUGAUGACAUUCUGUAAACAGCUCUGAUGGAUGUAAGUAAUGGCGGUGUGGAUAUGUUGCCUGGCGAAAGACUUCUCGACCUUGAGUAUGCGGAUGGUAUUGUCUUACUGUGCGAUAAUGCCCAAGCCAUGCAAUCCGCACUUAAUCAGUCAGCAACCAAUGUCCGUAGGUACGAUAUGUGCUUCGCACCUUCGAAGUGCAAAGUACUUCUACAAGACUGGCAGGAUUCUAAUCCUGUACUCACCCUGGAUGGUGAGCAGAUAGAAGUAGUCGAGAAGUUCGUGUAUCUAGGUAGCUGCAUAAGUGCUGGUGGUGGCGUGAGUGAUGAGGUUGAUUCACGUAUAAUGAAAGCCAGAGUGGCUUAUGUCAAUCUGGGCCACCUUUGGCGCCUUCGUGAUGUCAGUUUGGCUGUAAAAGGUCGGAUCUACAACGCGUCGGUGAGAGCAGUUCUGCUCUAUGCUUGUGAAACCUGGCCUCUCCGGGUUGAGGAUGUUAGACGACUCUGUGUUUGAUCAUCGUUGUCUCUGAAGGAUUGCUGACAUCCAGUGGCCUCAAACGUAUGAUUUUUUCGAAAUGACUGUGCUUUUUGUUGGAAAUGUCUCGAAUAUUCAUCCGUAUAUACCCACAAAGUCUAAAAAUUCUUAUUUCACAUCCAGUAUAUAAAAAUUAGCGUGUGAAUGUGCUAAGCUGAACUUCGUCCAAUAUUCUUAGCAAUAUUUUUCAUUGGCAUUCGAAUUCUUCUCAAUGUGUACGCAAAGUUGUCCUCAUAGUUCGUUUAACAGUAUAGAUUUUACUGAUAGUUCGAAUUACGCGUUCUGCAUUCUGGUCUCUUUUUAAUUUCGUUGUGUAUAGUAAGGGAAUGAUAUAUAAAAAUCCCAAAAAGGAACAGACUCACAGUUGCAGUUAGGUGUAUCAGAUCACGUCGGCUCACCAAUGAUGAUGUCACAGGUAUUCAGUGUUUGACAACGCUUCUACCAGUAACACCUAAUAUAUUUCGUUCCCGCCCAGAGAAAUCAAAAGACAGAGUCGGGGAGAUCGGAAGAGUAUAUUUGGCGAUGACCAAUAUAUCGGAAUUCUCUGAUCUAAUCUGGCUAGCGAUUGCAGGUGAUGUUGAGCACGGCGUUACCACACGUGAUCUGGUGCGGAUGCAUGACCGAGCGCCUUCAGCUAGAUGAGUCCACUAAAACAUAUGGUCAGCAUCCAAUGUCGAAAACUUACAGAGCUAUUUAGUUUGGGGAUUUAUUUACCGCUACAGAUCACUUCCCCCCUAGUGGUGCAGUGAUGACCCUAAGACGUGGCCAGCCAGAAGUUUAAACCCAACGAGUUUGUCGUUGAUAAACACUCUUCUGAUAGCUUACUAAAUUUAGCAGCGUCUGGUCGUCUUUCCUUACUAUAUGGGACCGAGGUACAACAUAG